GGAACAUUGAAAAGAGAGCGCAGGUUCCCCCUGAGCUGACAGGAAACUGACCACACACUGCUCCAGUCCACGCUGUCACCACAUCUGCCUGUCAUCACUGUCACACUGCUGAGGCCGCCACGCUCACCUGGACGCUACUGCCAUUAUGGUCCGUUUGGUACUGAUGUUCGCUCUGGUCAUCAUUGAAUACGUUUAUGGAGGACCUCCACUACAAACACUACCACCACUGCCUAUGAAAGAUGGUUGCUACCUGGUGUCUCCGGAGGUGGGGAAAUUCAGAGUGGAGGGCGACGCAGUAAUCCUCUCUUUCCCAAUGUUCGAAAGUGUGCUUAAAGCACGUAAAAUCGCCCCCCCAACAGCAGAGUACAGAAUCACCAAGGGCAAUGGGACAGGGGGUGUGGCCUAUCAGGGUGAGGGGCGUGUCCAGCAGAGUAACAGACAGCUGUGGCUCCUUCCAGCCCAGGCUUCAGACUCAGGGGAAUAUACCUGCACUUACAGAAAUGAAACCUACUGUGUAACUGGGAGUAUCAAGCUACAUGUGUACGAGUCCAGUUCUGUUGACAUGGAGAAACUGUCCCAUCCAAUCCCAGUCGAGGUGGGAGAGAAGCUGACAUUCAAAUGUCCGUUUUUAAGUGACUUCAACAAGACAGGCAGAUCGAUAGAGUGGUACAAGGACUCCGGUCCUACUCACCUUCAGCUGGGCAGAGCGGGCUCUUUCAGCCAGGACAGGGGAAUCCUACUGAUCCCUGCUGUGAAGCCAUCUCACGCCGGUGUCUACACCUGCCAGCUCACAACGCUCAUCAACAACCAGCAGUACAAAGUCAGCAGAGCCAUCCUCCUCAAAGUGCAAGACCCUGCCACCACUCCCACCCCCACUGUGCCUGACCUCUCCGUGACCACCAACCCAGGCCUGAUGAGCCACAGCAGCUACAGGACUGCUCACACUCCAAUAAUUCAACCACCUGUGAUUGUCUCGCCACUGAAUGGAACCAUUUUUGAAAGUGUACAUGGUUCAGGACUGGAGCUGUUUUGCAAGGUUCUCACUGAAUAUGAAAUAGCAGAUUCCACUGUGGUCACCUGGCUGGUCAAUGGCCAAUCAGUGGAGUCAUCAUACCUUGAUGGGCGGGCUCUGCAAGGGGGAAGGAGGGUAACCAGGGUUCCUGGAGGCUGCCAGAUUGAGUUGAGGCUAAUUUUGGUGGCGAUGACUGAAGAAGACGUGAACACAGAGCUGAAGUGUGUCACUCAGAACCAAGGAGGGAGACAGGAAGUUGUUGUCCAGCUUCAGCUAGAGGACUCCACAUUUACAUGGCUGGUGGUAGCUGUGGUGGCCACAUCCUGCUUCCUGACCGUGGUUUCUGUCUUCCUCUAUGUCCUCUGCAAACCUAGAAGGAAAAAGAAAAUGGAUUACUUUCUGGCUCGACAGAACAGCACCUUCUAGCUCUGCUGGUGCACACACUCUCCUCCACAAACUUCUUCCAUGUUUUGGCGUGGGAUGUUGUGCAGUGAAACCACCAUGUUGUGUUUGGUGUUCACACUCCUUUCACAGGGAUUCAGUGUUAGUAAAUCAGUAGCUGUAUUCUGCUGCAGUGACAUGCACUCAGCUCCUGUCCUCCAUCUCUUUAUCCUUGACUGAAAAUUAUAUGAGGAAUUUUUGUGACAAUGCUAAUUUGGCAAUUAGAAGCAUUUGGUUUAUUAAAGUUGAAGCCAUUGCAAAAGUUUUCUUUCAUGCACCAGAAUAACCAAACUGAUGCCAAACAAAAGUACAGGACAUGCACAAUGGCAACACUCUGCAUGUACAUGUGUAGGUGAAUUUGUCAUUCAAACACUCCGUACAAGGGUCAAAAAUAAACACUCAGUGGCCACCAAAUGUAUAUAUUUCAAAGAGCAGAAAUGGGAAGGGUCUUGUAUAAUAGAGAAGUGUUCAGGCCAUUUACAUGGCAAAUCUAAUGAAUCUAAUCUCUAUGUUGUGUGCAUGUUUGAUUGUAUGUUGCAUUUAAAAUGGAAUAAUCCCAUUAAAAUAAGAGUUACAUUACUGUUGUGCUAAAAGUAUUUAACAGUGCUGAUGGUCCAGCUGUUCUGCUGAUUAUUCUAAAAUCUAUCAAUGCAUCAUUUUAUGUGGUUAUUGUAUAUAAGGUAUUAUGUGUUGAACUAAAAGUGCAGCACUGUCCUACGAAACAUGAUAGAAUAAAGUGCCACAGCCUUGAAACUGUAUCUGAGAUUAUUUGCUGCCUGAGUAACUGUUUAAUAUUUGAUCUGACUUUGAAUGAUGCACGACUGUUUAGACUUUAUCUUGCUUUAUAUUGUAUAUCUGUAUAUAUAAGUACAUCUUUGCUGUCAUGUACAUGACCAUGUGUUCUUGAACUAAGAAAAACAGCCCUGUUUUUACCCUUGUGGCAUAUCCUUCAGAAUAUCCUUCAGUUCAUCUGAAAAAUUCAACAUAACCUAAUUUGAAGAUGCAUGGUUUUCACUGCACAGGGUUAAGAAACAUGGUUGCAGUACAAUAAGGUCACUCUAACAACUCUGACAAAGCACCACAGAGGCCUGUGAGAAACACAUGAAUCCAUCUUUUAAACCAGUGGUCCCCAACCUUUUCUGUACCAUGGCCCAGUUUAAUGUCUGACAAUAUUUUCACGGCCAGUCUAAAGGUGUA